AUGCCCAUCAAUCCGCGGCCGAUGCUGCAAAAUCUUGUGAACGAGGAAGUCAUUAUCCGGCUAAAAUGGGGCCAGACGGAAUAUAAGGGAAGACUCGUGAGCACUGAUAGCUACAUGAAUAUACAGCUGUCCGGGGCGGAGGAGUGGAUUGACCAACAAAUGACCAGUGUCCUCGGACAAGUACUCAUUCGAUGUAACAAUGUUUUGUGGAUUCAAGGCGUUAACCAGAAUAGUGGUAAUACAGAUACCGUUAUGGGAGGCUAA